UAUACACUGGAUUUACCUAUGGAUCUAUCAGAAAAGACUUCAAACAAAUUAGAUUGGACAAAAAAAAUCUUACAUCUUAUCACUGGCGCCACAGAUAUCCUCACCAUUUGUAUUGUUGCUCCAUUGAUCGCUACAGAAGCCAGAUACCUCGGUGCCGGUAAAGCAGGCCCAAACUAUACCCUUUUCGUGGCUCUUUUCACAUUACCUACACCGUUUUUCCUGGUUUAUUUUCCUUGGAUGUAUGAAAAAUACAACAAAUUCAAAAAUAUUGGCAAGUUUUGCAUGAAGAGUCGAACCAAUAUGAUCUUUAAUGGGUUUGAUACUUUUCUGUGGCUGACAGCUGGUAUUGCUAUCACUGUUCAUUCUAAUAAUGCCGGAAAUUGUGCCCUGGAUCCUGAUUUAACAGAAACAUACGGAGAUACCUAUACCAGCGCAUGGUCAACCCAGUGCAAUUUGGCAAAAGUAACGAGCGGAUUUGUCUGGGUGACGUGUAUUCUAUGGUUAUCUACGCUUAUCUUGACGGCGAUAGAUUUCUGGAAGGAAAAGAGCUUGAUUCAACAGAGAUUAAAAGAGCAUCGUUUAAACAAGCAGCAAAAACUAGAACAA